AGCGAUACAAGAUUUGAAAACUUCAAAAAUACGAAUGCUAAGCGAGUACCUUAUGAGGAAAUCGACUACAAUAUCUACAAAUCAAGUCAUGUAGAUUUUUCAACCACGGAAAAACACCUUCCAAUAUGGAUUAAGGCUCUAUUCUGCCGAUACCACGAAAAUGGCGGAAUCAAUAAUACGAAAAUCAACACUCGAUGGCUUGAGCAAGAAAAUCAAGAUAAUCUGUCAAAAUGCGAUAAAAUCUCGCUCAGUUGUCACACAAAAGAGAAUGAAAAUGUUCUAACCAUUACAGUCAAUGUUACUGCUGGUCGUAUUAAAGCUCAAGAUAGAUUCUACAAAGAAUGGGGAGCGAAGGAAUUCGAUCAACUGCUUGCCAUGGUAAACUCACCACAGAACACGUGGAAAGUCGACAAUAUAAAACCCUUCGUGGAAAGCAUUCUAAAGGAGGAUAAGAUCGACCUUCAACCACUGGAAAAACAAACCAAGCGUUGUCUGAAGAAAGUACAACCCCAAACACUCCUUGUGAUAAGACAUUUUCCCAGAUGA